GGCAGGGCGCAAAGCGUCACACAUGUGCACAGCGGAUAGCCCUUGUUCAGAAUCUACAUCCCUUAUUUGUCCAUGAAUGCACGUCACGUCCUAUAAAGACGAAAUGAGUCCAAAGCACUGCCUGCCGGGACUGAGAGUUUCUUCCAGACACGUGUCGUCCCACACAGCCUCCACAUAGUUCAGCGCCUGAGACAAGCUGCUCUGCAAUGCGGGAUCGCCCGUCUGACACGAAACAUCCAUGUAAUCACGUUUGCCUAUGUCUAUGUCUAUGUAUCUCUCUCUCUCCGUGUGCGUGUGUCUUUGUCGCUACCUGAUUGGAAGCAUCGGCCCCCCAGCACAUGCCUGUCUGUGAGCUGGUCAGGGCACAAACGUGGUGCCGCCCACACGACAGCGUCGAAAGAGAAUAGCUGUCACGCGACCGCUUUGCCUGAAAGACAUGCAGAAAGAGACACGACCAGGUGGUGGUAAGGCCAUGUCUCACCCACACACCCGCCCAUGCACGCACCUUUAUCGUCCCCGUUGUGCCGUCGACGGCAAGCCAGUUCACCUUUUCGCUGAGCCCCGCGGCAGAAGCAUCCCCGGUACCACUUCCCGUCUCUACCUCUGAUACAUCCAUGCACCUCGCAGACGCCCACACACCGCUUGUCGGCCCCAUAUCGUUCUCGGCCACGCACUCGGCGUUCUGUCCGGGUGUGCUGGCCACUAUGUAUGCCGCGGUGCAUGUUUUGGUGGGCGAGUAGCACGAGCAUGUGGCAAGGAAUGACGGGGCGGGGUAGACGUUGCUGCAGCGGGUGGAUGUCUGCGCCAGGCCGCCAGAGAAGGUCGACUGCACGUUGGACGAGGAGGCUCUAUAGACAGUGCUGUUGAAGUUUAGACACCUGAAUCAACAAACACAGCACACGACAAACAUAGAGAGAGACAUCAGCUUGCCAUUCCCUCUGCCUACAGUGCUUGCGCAUAGACGCCCGUGCCGUUGUUCUUGUUAUAUGCAGCGCACGUAUCGCCGGCAGCCCUCGGUCCCAGACAGUUGGCUGCUGACGUGCUGGAGUAGCAGAAGCAGCCGGCGAGCGUGAAACCGGCCGUGGUGUUGCAGCUGACCUGCACUCCGCUGCCGAACAAAGUCGAGCUGAGCCCACUCACCUCGGAGGUCUGAUCGAGAAGGGCGUUAGACGCAAACUCCACACAUCGGGCCUGACAACCAUAGACAUACAGAGAGAGAGAGAGAGAGAGAGACCUAUCCACGUGCGGCCACGUACACACGAGGCCAGUCCACCUCUGUGUGUACCUGUGCUUCGACGGUCUGUCCGUCCUCGCCGUUAAUGGCAAUGCAGCUCUGGGUGGCCACAACGACUCUGGUGCCGUCACAUGCGCCGCCCGCUGAAGGGCGACAGCCGCACCCCACCAGCACUUGCCCAGCAGGACAGUCCGCACUCGCCUCGUCGCCCACAUUAGUCCCAGAUGGACCAUCCCAUUGCACACUCACCGACAGGGCCUUCAUAAAGGAGACAAAGAAAUGGUAACUUGUGUGUCGGCAUUGUCCAUUGUCGUGUGCUGCUUACGAAUGUGCCGGAGUCAGCUUGUGACGGGUAAUCCAUGUUGAGAAAGGACAGCUGCCGCACAUCACUCGACGCCCCUCCCCGUCCCGCCCCCUCAUGAGACCCCUCCACCCACAGCACCUCCCUCCCUAGCCUCCUUCGCGACACCAUCAUGCCACCAUUGUCCCCACCGCCAGCUGCAUGAGCCGCCUUAAGUCGUCCCGCCGUCUCGUCCAUCUGCUGCAGCCGUCUGCUGGGCGUUGAAAUAGAUCGAUCGCCGAAGUUGAAGCAGUCGAGGAGGCUAUAGUAGUCGGACGUGGCCUGCCGCUCGAGACACGUCUGAGUGUCGGUAUCGUUGGCAUCCUCGAUCGUGAGGAACUCUGAGGGGGCCUGCGCCAUGUCCAGGACGAAGGGCGUCCAGAAGUUGUCGUCAACGGCUGGGCUGACAGGGGUGUAGCGAUCGAUGAAGAACGUGCCGCUAGUGUUGGUCCGGUACACAGACAGAGAGGCGUCGGCCACUGUGAACCCACCUGACGACCUGCACGAAUGCACGAAAGACACGGACAGUGACUAUUGAGUCGUUCAUUGAGUCACUCACGUGGUCCAGAGGUGUAUGAAUGGCCUGAGGAAGCAGGAGGACGUGUUGCCGGCCGGGCUCUGCGAACAAGCGGCGGUGUCGUCCUCCUGCACCACUAUCACCUCAGGCCCAUAGGAGUUGGUGUCGUCGCGAAGCAAACCGGCACGAACCAGACGCCCCUGGAUGUUCAAAUCGCGGAUGCUGCAUGACGUAAUGCGACGAGACGCCAGCACUCACUGUGACGGGGACAGCACGAUCUCUUUCGUCUCUUCGUGUGACUCACAUGGCCUUGUCGCUCGCCUCGUUGGUGUCAUCGAUGAGCAGCCGGAUGUAGCGAGCCGUGCGAGUGGGCGUGCUCAUGGUGUGCGUCGAUACCAACUGUCACACACAAAGGAAACAUGCAGGUGUCUCAUGAGGUUGAUUGAGUGCACGGAUGUCACUUACCGUGCCGGCGGGGUUGGCAGUGACGGGAUCGAUGAGGUCGUGCCACCAGUCGGUGUCGUUGUUGCGGACCUGAAUGGUGUAGUUCCUGCGGGCAUUGUGAUGCAUGACAGACACAUGAACAAUGGGACACUCAUUUCCCUGCGCUUCACCUGAUUGAGUUCGCGCCGCCUGUGCCACUUUCGAUUUCGACACUCUCGAUGGAGUAGAACCUGCCAGCAACAUGCACACGACAUUGCACUGCACGAGACACACACACAGUGUUCGCAAAGAGCCUGCUGACGCCUGCAGGUCCACUUCAAGUGUGUGCGGCGGCGAGGUGUCGCUUUCCCAGUAAGUGUUGGUGGGGUCUCCGUCAAUGGCCUUGUUGGCGUCCCCUGUUGCGCUGUUCGCCGUGAUUGUCACACCACUAUUCUCCUCCAGGUCUCCCAGAGAAUCUGUCAAUCCAGACACAAAUCGAGCCGUCGCAAUGCAUUGUCCUCUGUGCCUUUCUCACGGACCUCCGAAGUCGACACAUGCUUUAUUGUGCCAGGCGGUCCAGCAGGCCAUGUCGGUGGCCACGUGGAGGUCCAUGUCCAGGACGUUGGAGCCCCACUCGAGCAGCAGCACCGUGUAGCUCAGCGGCGACCCCGCUGUCAUGGUCACGUCAGGCACCAGAUUCACGUCAGCCGUUCCUGUCCCUCGCGCAAUGUCCACGUCACUCUGACACACAUACAUGUAGUGUGAUGUCUCUCUUUCUGUCGCUUCGGUUUUGCUCCCUGGGUGGUGCUACCGUGAUGGUGAAGGUGUGUGGGACGUAGCCGGUGGCUGAUGCCUCCAGCGACGUGGCGCUGGUGGCGAUCGACACGCUGUAGGUGCCGAAAGCGUCAGUCGACGUCGCUGCGUGAAUCAAUGACAAAUGCGUUUGUGCGGCCGUGGAGGUGGAGGUGAGAGAGACCACCGACUUACCGUUUACCGAUGCCCCCGCGAUUGGGUAGUGCGUGAGGGCGUCCCGGACAAAGCCUUCUACAGUGAUUGUGGUCGACGCCGUCACAUCGUCGCAGGCGUCGGUCUCCAGGAAAAUCUCAAAACGGUCCUGCACGCACCCCACAACAUCCACCCACACAUAUACAUAAUGCAGAUACACACACAUCUCUCCCGCCCUCCAUCUUACAGUGAAGGUGUUGUUGGAGAUCCUGAUGUUGACACUCCCAGUGCCAGAGAGCGACGCCACGCUGCCAAAAGCCCUCACAGCGUCACUGGCUUCCCGUGUGAGGAAGGCAAACACCGGAGUGUUGCCGGUCACCCCCGUCAGCGUGCCCGCCUCUACAAUGGUGCCGUCGAUCGAGUGCUGACCCUUGGGUAUGGCCAGCCAGCCGACGGUCUCUGUGGUGGGGUGGGGGGGCUGCAGGUCGAUGCCGCCGCCCUCGAGCGCCACACGGAAGCUGAUGUGCUCGGUGAUGGCGGUCGUGGGGGAGGCUUGGCGGGUCUUGACGAAGUUGGGAGACACGUAGGAUUGCACCUGCACGUAUUGAUGUAUCCAAGCAUCAGACAGAGAGGCAGCAUGGCAAGGGACGGUGGGUUGAUCUGAACGGCUUACUUGUGUGAUGACGACGAUGGAUGAGCUGUAGGAGGAGUUGAAGGGUAUGGGGAAGGUGACGGAGUGGAAAGCCCCCCCGCUGAUGCUGACCGUGCCAACCUACCCGUCACAACACAAGACCCAGCAUCCACCACCAAUCCACCUGACGUCAAGUACCUGGAAAGGCACCCCGGCGUCUGUGUGGUAUGCGCCCUCCUCCAGCGCCAGGAAGGGCAGCACCUCAGGCGGAUGCUCGUCGUCACGACAACUAGGCUACACGCACAAAAGAGGUGUGAUGCAUGCGUCCGUCCAAGCAUGUGCGUCGUGUCUCAUCCACCACCGUGUACGUGCGUGUAUACCUCCUGCAGAGUGAGGUCGAAGCGCCACACAGACCCAGUGCCAUCAUAGCGGGGCGGCUGGAUGCGCACCACCACAUUGUUGGGACCAUAGUACGUCGGGAUACCUGUGCAUUCGGCUACAUGGAUGCAGCCCCCUUGCCCUCUUGGCUGCCUCACCGCCGAAUAUCACAGGCCUGGUGAACGGCUCUGAGAGAUCGAUGGUCUUCCACCGGGACGUGGAGGUGAUGGCGUCUGUGGUCCGCACGCCGAACUCGCCCACGUCUACAGCGGCGUGUGCGAGAUCGACAUUGAGCGACGCCCCUGCCACUGAUGACUUGCCCCAGCAGUCCACUCGCCUGCACACACACGCAUCCGUCCGUCCAUCGUCCAUGUAUAUGUCCAACACGGCACGUGGUUUGACCUGCCGUUGUAUUGGAGGCCGCAGGAGAAGAGGGCACCUGCGCACAUCUGCAUACAUAAACAGGUGAGGGGGACGCAUUGACAGACAGGCAUCAACAAUUUAUGUCUCUCUGUGUCGCUCACUCACAGUGGAGUAUCCCCGGUCCGAGGGCGUCUGCGACACCUGCCCAUGAGCAUCCAGACCCCAACACCGCACGCUACCAUCGGACACCAACCCACACGUGUGCCACCCCUUCAUAGACACAUCUGUGUAGUGGUAUCCUGCACACACAUACACACACACAUAUACACGAAGACACCGAAAGCCAUCUAAAGUUCCCACCUGGCGCCAGUGUGGCGGGUGUGGUCUGGUGGUAGGUGCUGCUGCCGGUGCAAGCCACCGUCCCGUUGUCCAUCACCUCACAACCAUGGAACGCACCCGUCCGUUCAGGGACCGCACUGAACUCAAACAGCUCCACAUUCUUAACCAUCACCGAUGCGUCCACGCCGCCCCCACUGUCGGGUGGGUCGGCAUUAUAGUAUCUGUUGGCCGCAUAGAUGCCGGUGCGUGCCAGGGAUGGCAUGCUAGUGUUGCUGAAGAGGAUCGGCUCGCCAAGCAGUGUCCAUGGCCGAUAGGAGUUGAUGCGGUAGUAGCCUGCGCGUGUUUGUGAAGGGGACAGACAGAUGCAUGGAUGGCGAUGAUGACAUAAAGGGUGUAUAUGUGAGUGUUUCAUGUCUCAUGCAUACUCGUGGUGGAUCAUUGUGUGGACUGACCGCUGAAAAAGAGUCGGCUCCUCACCACUGCACGCACAUACGACGCAAACACCAGCCACACGCCCAAAUAUGAAAUCUUCCGCGUAUUGGCGACUUUCUCGUCGCUCGCCUCUCACGUACGCCUCAGGUCGACGGCGUAGAAGUCCGACAGGUCCAAUGUCCUCGUCAGCACCGCAGGAAUCGAAUCAAAUGCUUGGGACUGCUUAAGCGAGUUGGCCAUACUGACCUCCACUGUCGACGUGUCGUUGUUGACCCGCGCCUCGAUAUAAAAGAAAUGCUUCCGGGGCACCGAAUCGACCGCCGCAUCUGCCGCAAAGAGGCCCGCCGCGAGAGUUGACAGUUCUGGUCGGAAUUGUAGCGUGGCCAAGAGUGACCAGAGAGCUGAGCCUGAUGGGUUGGGGCCGAGGUCGGUUGUCAGCUCGAUGGCCGUGUUGGCCUCGGGGGAGCUCUCCUUCAUCCAAUCCGGGAUUGUCAGCUCGGUCUCGCAGAUGCUUCCGGGGCUGGUGGGGUUCAUCCCUGCAGUAUUCCUCGCCACAAAUGACCCGAGGUCACAGGUGGGUUUGACGAUCAGGAAGCCGAUAGAGACAGGCGGGACAGGC